CAACUCCAUGCUGAACGUUCACAGAACACUCACAUCCGGUCCGGAUUUUUGGGAAAAACUUUUGGAAAAAUUGGGUGUUUUUUUUUUUAGCAACAUUUAAAGACGAAUAACUAUGAGUUGCUGCGGCUGUGGAACCCAGAAGCCGGGCUGUUGUGAGUGUGCACCUGGUUUAAGAUUGGAGAAGACACCACAGACACCCUUCUUCGAUACGCUGGGUCCGUACCCGGAUGAGGUUAUCAUGACAAUGCUGGAUCGCAUCCUCUACCUGUCGGGUGCUACGAAAAUAAUUCCCAUGCUGAAUCUAGCGGGAUCGAGUUCAGCUGAGAAGACAAAAUCCUGUACGCCACCACUUACCUGCACCACGAGCGCCAUCAGCACUUGUUCUUCGUCCUCGGCCUGGAGGACCUGCUGCUCCAAGCCGUCGAGUAGUUGUUGCACCAAAGCACCGAGCACCUGCAGGCAAAAGUUUUCCCCAGUGCCCUGCAGCGGCAAAUCAUCCUGCAUCAAGUCCUCGAGUCGUCUAAGUGCCACAACCUGUUGCCCCCGACAACGUACUCCCAGGGUGGAUUUCGAUCAUCCUGCCGAGGAUAUCCCGAUGCGAAAGAAGGCGGGCAGUGACACGGUCGAGGAGCAUUUCAAACGAUCAAUUUCCGAGACCUCGUUGGCCUGUCAGCAUCUGAAAACCAAGCUUACAUGCCAGGAAUCGCCGAAACGCAAGGAACAGAAGUGGUUGUGGACUCGUUUGAUUCCUGCCAACAAUGGCUGCAUGGUGUACGAGGUCUACAAGGACUCGGAUGCGGAAAAAUCGCCCUCUGGGAUCGGAUCGGAGGCACCCAUCAUUCUCUUCCUGGUCAUGCCAAAUGGUUACAUAAUGCCCUUUGAAUCGACUUGUAAUCCUUGAAGCGGUAGUGUUUGUAUUAAUUGUAUGCACUUUGUAUACUUUUCGAAUUGUGUUGUCAUGUAAUUUAUAUUACAAAAAAAAAUUAAAAUUAAAUUAAAAAACUUUAA